AUGGCUGCACUUGGUAGUUUCAAAGCUUAUCUGUGUGAUUGUUUCAAAAUGAAGGACUUUGGUCCUUUGAAGUAUUUCUUGGGCAUAGAAGUUGCUCGUAGUUCUUCAGGUCUAUUUUUGUGCCAACGGAAGUAUACUUUGGAUAUUAUUUCUAAAGUAGGUUUGUUAGGGGAAAAACCGAGUGGUUUUCCCAUUGAGCAAAACCACAAGCUCGGCCUUGCUACAGGUGAGCUUCUUGCGGAUCCGGAGAGUUAUCGUAGGCUAGUUGGCCGUUUGAUCUACUUUGCGGUCACUAGACUUGAUUUUGUGUACCCAGUUCAUAUCUUGUCUCAGUUUGUGCAAGAGCCUCGCAGUGAACAUUGGGAAGCAGCUCUACGCGUUGUUCGUUAUUUGAAAGGUACCUCGGAUCAAGGUAUUUUGUUGAGUGCUGACAGUGAUCUAACCUUGCAAGGUUGGUGUGAUUCAGAUUGGGCGGCUUGUCCUCUUACUCGUCGUUCUUUGACAAGUUGGUUGGUGUUUCUUGGGCAUUCGCCAAUUUCUUGGAAGACUAAGAAGCAACACACUGUAUCGAAAUCUUUGGCUAAGGUUGAAUAUCGGUCUAUGGAAACCAUCACUUGUGAGUUAAAGUGGCUUAAGGCCUUGUUGUUGAGCUUGGGUGUGCAACAUCCAAAGGCAAUCAAGUUGUUUUGUGAUAGUGAGUUUGCUUUGCACAUUGCAAAGAAUCCGGUUUUUCAUGAAAGAACCAAACACAUUGAGGUUGAUUGUCAUUUCGUUCGAGAUGCAAUUAAUAAAGGCUUAAUUUCUCCAUCAUACGUUUCUACUCCUUCCCAAUUGGCUGACGUCUUCACGAAGGCUCUUGGGAAGUUGGGAAGUCUCAGUUUGAUUAUCUUCUCUCCAAGUUGGGCAUUUUUAACACCCAUGCUCCAACUUGGGGGGGGGUAUUGA